AUGAGUAGCUCAUUCAUGGAAGCUGUUGCUGGUGAUUCUAUGGAGAGUGCAGCACAACGGGUUUCCGUCCACAUCGAGAACAUGAUCGACUCAGCUGACUUCUUCAAUAGAUUGACACAGAACGGAUCAUCUCCAGUUUCGGGUCUUGGCGAUAGAUUCUAUACCAAAGGACGCCUUGAGUUCGUUCUGAAGCGGCGGAUACCAUUGCCGGAUGAGUUAACGUAUCAGAUUCGAAUUGGUGUUGCCAUUCGAGGUUAUAAUUCGGCCCAUAACCUUGAUUUCAGCGAGGAUCUCGCUUAUUUUGAUGCUCUCGAGAGUGUAGUUCUGAAAAUUGCGUUAGUUCGUGUAAAAGCCGAUGUAUUUGCAUCACGCAUAACGUACGGUUUGAUUGUCGGUACGGUCACAGAUCUCUCUCUUUAUCCUGUUAUUAUGGACACGGACACGGUCACCGGUAAACAUGAUGACAAGCUGUAUGAGUUUGUUUACGAGAAAUUCACCUUAACAUUAAGACCAUCCAGUUCAUUGUUUUUUAAUCAAGCAUUUGGGCAACUCCCCGGACCACCACCUAGAGAAGACCCCGAUCCCCAGGCUCAGUUUCAAAAUCGGAGGCACAAUGCAGGAUGGUUUGGAGGAGGUCGAAAAUGCCGUAUUGUUAACAAAUCGGUGACACUUCUUAGUACUCUGAUCCCAUUUCUCGGUCCCGGAAAUGAAGAACUCGAACAAAUAGCGGUGGACCGGUCUAGAAAUAUUCUAUAUUGUUUGGGAAAAAAUGGCACUAUUCAGGUCUUCGAUCUGGGAGCUGACGGCGCGCAGUGCUCAAGGGUGUGUGUCGUCACUGCGGGUCAGAUUGCGAGUGAAGCUCACCUAAUGACUCAAUAUGGCCACGAAGAAAGCACUUUCACUAAUAUUACCACAAUUUGUGCUCUCGAAGCGGAACAAUCUAACCAACUGAAUUUGCCACUAAAUGGGUUGGUAAACUUUUUCAUCUUUCAGAAUCUCUCUCUACAGGAAGUUCGACCGCAAUGCCUUCGAGUUGCCCACGUAAGGUUUUCACCCGGUGUUGUCCCUGCGUCCGUUUAUUUGGAUACACCACAAGGAGUUUCUGUUGCUUAUAGCGACCAAAGUACUCUUCAGUUUGUUUUAUUGUCACAGUUACUUGGUGUUUGUGUUAUGGCCACUGCUAAUCGCCACUUAGUGUGGGCCUUAUCAGAUCUUUAUCAUCCACACAAAAAUAUACACUGUGAAUCCAUGAGUGAUCUACAAGUUGCUGGAAAUGUCUGGGCUAUAACGCCUGUAUCGGAUAAGGCUCUUCGUUAUCAGCCUCCUGAACCAGGUAUGAUUGCAAGAGUGCUACCUCAUCAAUUCUUCCGACAGUCGAUUGAGACCAGGCCGCGUUUGCUUAUUUGUACCAAUGAGGGUAUUCACGAAUUUGACUACGUCACCCCUCGUGAAGCUCUACGCGAGGCGUUAUUCGAAGGUGGUGCUGAUGGUCGAGCGACGGUCGAUGUAUGGCAGCACUUCGGCGCAACAGAAACGCUUGUGUUGGCCUUAACUAUCCUUACUAGUGAUGUACCUAUUGAUGAAAGGAUUAAGGAAAAGGCUGCUUCUUUGUUCUUUGCUUUCAAAGACGCACCAGAGCUUGUGGACGUGGAACAAAUGUAUGAAACGGACUCUACGUGGUCACCAGGGGAUAGCAUACUUGAAUUGAAAUACAAGAUGAGAUCACCUUUACAAGCGUCUACUCCUCGUUUCGACAACUAUUCGAAUAUUAUGGCUUCAUCACCUUUUUGCCCAUCAAUGAGGAAACCCGUCGCGAGUGGUGGACAAGGGUACCAACAUUCGCCAAGUCGUAAACAUGACGCACUGUACUACUACUUUUCACGCCUUGUGUCUCCGAUUUGGAACCAUCCUGUUUGCCGAGUGAAGAAUGGAGUACUUGUUACGUCAUUGAGUUCGCAAGAAAUGGAUUGGUUAUCAGCUGAGUUGCGAAAACUUAGUGAAGUUAUGGAUAAAUACGGUCUUGUUCCAAAAGCAGAUUUUACAUGGGAGAACACAAGCACUGGGAAGAUGAAUUUGCAAGCCUCAAACUUGGAACGGCAGUCGAUAAUCUCUCUCAAGAAAGUAAUAGAGUUUUCGGCUGAAGUCCUGUCACUAUGGUCGUCGGCGAACUCAUUCGAUUUGAAAGCGAUUUCCGCUAGUAUGGAUCCCAUCACUCUUCCCGCACUGGCUAGUCGUCCUUUCUGUCAUCUUGUAUGUGAUGCUCAACAUUUCAACGGCGAUCUCAUCAGAGCUAUGAUUAGAUACUUUCUUGGUGAUGAAGCAGGAACAAAGGACCUAUCGGAACGACUUCGCACGUUAUGUCCUACUUUGUAUUCCAAAGAUGACGCAUGCGUUACUAACGCGAUGGAGCAACUUAAGUUGGCUUCCCAAGCUAGUUCAGGAGAAGUUCGUCGAAAUCUUAUUGAUCGUGCGUGCGAAUUGUUUCGACAGUCCAUUGAGAAAGUUUCUCUCCCUAUCGUUUGUCGAACUCUGACCGAAUUGUGGGCCUUCGAACAGCUAGCAGACUUGUGCUUGUUGAAAGCAAAACGGGACGACCCUAAGCAACUAGCGCUGAUGUCGUAUCGUCACGGUCGAACUGCUGAGGACCGUGAAGUUCAGACUGCAGAAAAACGGCGAGCAGAAAGCUACAAGUGA